AUGGCCCCAGGGCGCCCAUUCUGCUCACGAUUGGGCAUAGGAAUAUCCAGAGUUUUUGGUCUCGAUCGUAUUGCCGCUGCUGAGCUCCCGAUCUACCUAUGCCCAGCAUUUCGCUCUCUAUCCUUCGAAAUUACCACCCGUAACCCACGCAUAUCUCCGGAUCCCAGAAGGAUACAGACCAGGAGGCUUCAUGUCGAAUAUUCACAUCCCCCGCAGCCCGAGAUACCCAAGCUGAGAGAGUUUCCGGAGCGAGCACUUCCACUGCAGUGUCAUGGUUGCGGUGCGCUUGCGCAAACCGUCGAGCCUGACAAGGCUGGGUAUUACAAUCUCAACCGCAAGGCUAUCCGAAAAUACUUGGGUCUCGAAGAGGAGAAGCCCAAGCCACACGCUCCCGACCCAACCCCUAUUAUCGAAAGCGCCCUUAAGAACAUUGACGUAGAUGCCCUGGAGAAACAAGGCAUCUAUCUCAAGUCACUACUACCAAAAGAGCCAGAGCCAGAGCCGCCGAAGCCAUUGAAACCCCCCCUCUGCGAACGCUGCCACAACCUUGUCCACCAUUCCUCUGCCAAACCUAUCUUCCAUCCAAGCAUUGAAAGCCUCCGAGACACGAUCGAAGAGUCUCCCUACAAGCGCAACCAUGUCUAUCACGUCAUCGAUGCCGCCGAUUUCCCCAUGUCGUUGCUUCCUAGGCUACACAGCCUGCUAGACAUAUCACUGCGCAGCCGCAACCGCCGUUCCGAACACGCCAAGUACAAACGCGGAAGGUUGAUGGAGAUGAGCUUUAUCAUCACGCGCUCUGAUCUUUUAGCUCCUAGAAAGGAGCAAGUUGACAAGAUGAUGCCCUACUUUAAAGAGGUUCUCCGGGAUGCUUUGGGUCGUGUUGGCCACCGCAUUCGACUUGGAAAUGUGCAUUGCGUCAGUGCUAAGCGGAGCUGGUGGACAAAAGAGCUCAAGGAAAAAAUUUACGAGCGCGGCGGUGCCGGCUGGAUGGUCGGCAAGGUCAAUGUUGGCAAGAGCCAGCUCUUCGAAGCCGUCUUCCCUAAGGGUCGCAUGGUUGAGGAGCCGAGCAAGCACGACAUUAAAGUGACCGUUUAUCCCAAGAAGUCCCCGCACAAACCGGAAAAGCCUUUGGAGGCUCUACCAGGAUUAGACGAAGAUGACGAUCACGGCUAUGAUCCUUCAGAUCCCCUUCUGCCCGGCCGCGUUCCUGAGGACGACUUGGAAAAUCUCAGCCUUUUACCGCCCCCAAUGCCCGAGACCAACUAUCCUGAAAUGCCCGUAGUUUCCUCGCUCCCGGGAACAACGGCCUCGCCUAUUCGUGUGCCCUUCGGCUCCGGCCGCGGUGAGCUGAUCGACUUGCCUGGUCUAGCACGUUCUGACUUGGAGAACUUCGUCCAGGAAGACAAGCGCCAGGACCUCAUCCUCAAGGCGCGUGUCGUGCCCAAGCAACAAGUUAUCAAACCCGGCCAGUCACUCGUGCUCGGUGGCGGCUUGAUCCGCAUAACCCCCCGUAAUGUGGCUGCCGACGGUGACGAGGAGCUGAUCUUCUUGGGCUACGCCUUCACCCCUUUGGCCCUCGCCCCACACCUCACCUCGACAUCCAAGGCCAUUGCACUGCAGGCUCAGUCCCCCGAUGCCCCUCACGUCGACUCCAUCAUGCUCCCAGGGGUCGGUGAGAAAAUCAAGCACGCCGGCGCCUUCCAGCUUCGUUACGACGUGACCAAGGCACGUACUGGUCCGCUAACACGCAAGGAGGCUGUCGGUCUCAAGGUUGACCGACUACCAUACAGGGUGCUGGGCAUCGACAUCCUGAUCGAAGGCUGUGGUUGGGUCGAAUUGGCGGUGCAGGUGCGCACGAAGUCGCUAUUCCGGGAGGAAGAGAGAAAGAAGCUUCGGGAGAUAAAGGAACAGCUGGCGAAGCAAGAGUUCGACGGCACGGCUUCGGCGGUCUCUGCUUUGCCAGAAACUUUAGAUGGGGAAUUGCUUCCAGGAAAGUUAGACCUGCGCCCUGAACCUGUGAAUGCAGUAGAUCGCACGAAGAAGAGAAAGAAGGCUGCGGCGAAGGAGGAAGAAGAGGAUGGGAUGGAUGAGGAAGAGAAGAAGAAGAAGGAGGAAGAGGAGGAGGAGGAGGAGGAGGAGGACUGGGACGGCCUGGAGCCAAAAUGGCCAGUGGUUGACGUGUACAGCCCCGAGGGGAGGUUCAUCGGUUACCGCAAGCCCAUGAACGCAUGGCUGAUGAACAAGCCCAAGAAGCCCGAGAAGUCAAGGCCGCGGCCAAGCAUGAAGGGCAGAAAGAAGGAGGAGAAAAAGAUGAAGAGGAUGCUGGCAGCCCAGCAAGCGGCUUAG